AUGUCGUCGUCUUCCUCCUCUCAUUAUCAGUCUUCGUACGUAAAUCCCACAGCUACUAGUUCGACAAAUCAUUAUGCCGGCUCAUCUACAGGUCGUUCGUCUACAUCGACAAACAACAGUGAUAAUCAAAUUCGUCGCGAUAUUCAAGAUGAUUGGCAACGACGAGAAGGUAUACAAAUAUUGACAACAUCAAUUAAACGUUUAACAGAUUUUCUAAAUCAAUUUGAAUCUUCGUGUCGUUAUCGUUUAUCAACGUUAAAUGAAAAACUGACAUCUUUAGAGAGACAAGUUAAUUAUUUAGAAGCAAGAGUGAGCAAAGGUGAAACAUUGAAUUAA